AUGUCUGCAUCAUCGACACCAACAUCGUCGACUCAUUUGUCACACACUUCCUUCAUCAAUACUCCUCAAGCGUAUCCAAAUCUGCAUGUUCGAGCAUCAUCCUCUCUUACCGUCACCAUCAACGGAGAUACAUUCGAAGUCGGUGCCUCAAUUCUUCCCCAAAAACUACCACACCUUGAACUUCACCCAUAUGUUGAAUCUCAAAGUCAGGGGCCUUCCAAACCUGAGACCUUCGUUGCAAUCACCGUUCACCACCUGUUACCUCCACCGAACCAAGCCAUCUCCACCGUUUCUGCCUUCACUAUGAACCACACCACCACCAUACUUACCAAUUUUUGUCACCCCUUCCUUGUUUUGUUUUACCGAGAACCACAUUCGGGUGAUAGUUCUUUCUCGCUCGACAUUUGGGACGGUCAAAAGUUCUUAUUCAAAACUAUUGAUUCCAAACCUGAGACCUUCGCUACAAUCGUCGUUCACCACCUGCUACCUCCACCAAACCAAGCCUAUCUCUACCGUUUCCUCCUUCACUGUGAACCACACCACCACCGAUUUAGCAUAUUUCAUAUCCACCUCCCCUAUAUUACCGAGAACCACAACCGAAGCCAUAACUUUCGAAGCCACUAG